AUGGAUCACGAUGGUAACUCCGGCGGAUCACUUCAACUCUUCACCUUCAUCCACUUUAGGAGGAUGUUGCUGCAGGAGGAAGGGAACCCGAUGUUGUUCCAGCUUCGCGUUGCACGUCGCUUCGGCAGCCACGUCCUCGUGACGUUCCUGCCGUGCUUCGUCUUGCAGCUCAUCGGCCUCAGCGUCUUCGCCGUUCCUCUGGACGACCUCCCCUCUCGUCUCACCGUCAGCAUCUCAUGCCUCAUCGUCAUGGCGGCGCUCUUCACUCAGAUCAGCUCGACGCUGCCAGUGUCUGCCGACCCCAAGAUAAUCGACGUAUGGAUGUUCGUCCACGUGCUGAUGCUCGCGGUUGUCUUCUUCUCGCUGCUCGCGCUUGACAAAAUCCACGCGGUCGAACUGCGGGACACGGACGAGCGAAGCGAAGUUAUGUUCGAGAAAAUAAGAGCGUGGCCCAUGAAUCUUCCAGGAAAAAAGACCACCAGACGCCCGCUUUCGCGCCGGGUGAACAGCUUCUUCGCGCUGCUCUUCGUCGCCCUCUACCUCGCCUUCGUCGCUGUCUUCAUUGUUUACAUAUACGUGGCCAGGAAUAAUCAGCUUAACGAAAAUUAA